AUGGCGACACAAAAGUUCAUUUUCUUCACUGCCUGUGCUCUCUGCAUAAUCUCCCUGAGACUGACUGGUGCCGGAGUUCUUCCGGCAAUUGCUCCGGUUGCUCUAGCCGUGGACCCGGAUUCAGAUCCUCAUCCUCAAUACACAUAUGCCUAUGAUGUCCGAGAUUCCUUAACUGGAGACUCAAAAUCUCAACAUGAGAGCAGGGAUGGAGAUGUAGUAAGAGGCAGCUACUCAUUAUUGGACGCUGAUGGUCUUCUCAGGACAGUGGUGUACACUGCAGAUCCAGUUAAUGGUUUCAAUGCUGUAGUUCAAAGAGCACCACCUUCUGAUGCUCAAGUUGCUGCUCCUCCAGUUUUAGCUGCUCGUUUCGUGGCUUCUGCACCAGUGGUAGCAUCUGCCCCACUUGUAGCAGCAACCCCAGUCAAAGCCGCUCGUGUUUUGGCUCCUGCUCCUGUCGUCGCAGCUGCACCAGUUGCUGUAGCCCCUGUCAAAACCGCUCGUGUCGUGGCUACAGCGCCAGUUGUUGCAUCUGCUCCCGUAGCAGUUGAAUCUGAUGACUACGUAGACCCACAUCCACAAUACUCUUACGCUUACCAGGUGCAGGAUAGCUUAACUGGUGACUCGAAAACCCAAGAGGAGUCUCGUGAUGGAGAUGUUGUUAAAGGAAGCUAUUCACUGGUAGAACCUGAUGGUGCUAUCCGUACUGUUAACUAUUACGCAGAUCCUAUCAAUGGUUUCAAUGCUGUUGUAAGCAGAAACGAACCUAAAGCCGUGGUUCCUGUGGUAGAGCGUUUGCAGACUGAAGCUAUAAUUAAAGCAUAA